AUGUUAAAUUUUGGAAUUGUUGUAAUUUUUAAAAUGGGAAUAGAUUACUAUGCAGUCCUGGAAGUCCAGAGAACGGCGAGCCCCGAGGAAAUUAGAGCAGGCUACGCCAGAGUAGCAAUUCGAUGCCACCCUGAGCGACCUUAUUCAGAGUGUCCUCCCAAAGACCACGAGCUGCGUCACAACUGGUUCCAGUUGGCAGGAGAGGCUUUCGAGGUUUUGAGCCAACCGCUUCUCAGGGCAGCCUACGACAAAUUCGGCGAGGCUGGAGUUAAAAAAGGAGUACCUGCCAGAGACCCGGAGCUUUUCUUUCCACCCUACUCUUAUCAUGACGACGCGAUGAAAACUUACAGAAAUUUCUUUGGAACUGAGUCCCCUUCGGAGCCAGUGCUCCUGCAGUGGCAGUCGAACUUUACGACGCGAAAACCUGACGGAAAGAUUGGCCCGUGGUUUAGGGAACAGCCGGAGGAAGUGAUUUUGCCACUGAGUCUGGAAAAGGUGAUGCAAGGUGGCGAAGCUGAGGCAGUUAUGAUGCGGAGGGAGAUGCACGGCUGCUUUGUCGAGGUCAAGGAGCACAGAAUUAAACUCAACAUCAACCCUGGCGUGCCCAAUGGCUCUGGGUUCCUCUUCCCCAAAACAGGGCACCAAGCUCCUUUUAGUGUUCCAGGCGAUGUUUUGGUGGUGACGAAGGAUCUGCCCCAUCCUGUAUUCACAAGGGAGCGUCAUGAUCUGGUCGUCAACUGUAAAGUGACCUUGACAGAAGCCCUUCUAGGCUGCAUAAUCCAAGUACCAACUCUAGAUGGGCGUUUGUUACGCAUCAAUGUCACCGAUGUCAUUACUCCGGAUUUCGAACUGCGGAUAAGUGGCGAAGGCAUGCCCAUUUGUGCCACGGAAUAUCCUGCACCGCCGAUCGAGCCGCCGAGCCGCAAGUGCUGCCUGGUGACGCCCGGCUGGGUGGGCGAGCAGCAGUUCUACGAGGAGUGCCAGGACAAGAUGGGUCCCUGCUCGACCUGCGGCCAAACCUUCGACCGUCAGGACUGCGAGGGCAGCCACCCCCUGGAGCCACGCACCCUCUUCCCCAGCAACGUCCGGGGGCAGUCACGAAGCAGUCUCGGCUCCGUCAGUUUUGAGGAGGUGCGGAAGAGGGCCUCUUUCGACCGGCCGGAGGUCGAGAGGGCCAGGAUCGACCUGCUGGGCCGCUUCCCCAACCUGUUUGACAGCAAGGACGUGGAGAACGGAGACCUUGUGAUCAGGUUCAAAAUCGCGUUCCCGACGGACGUGCCCGGCCAUCGCAGAGGGAACAUCGCAGAAGCGCUUAAUCAUUUGGUCCGGCAGCCGGUACAAAGGAUUUCUUUCAACAAAAAGUACUGA